AUGGCUUGGCACGCGAACCGCGACGACGAAGUUCUGAUUAAAGAUUCUAGGAUCCCCGUCUCAUCUUCAAUCAUGGCGCAAAUAUCACCAGAGUUCCAUAAGCUCUUCACCACUCAACACGGCUCGUUGCGGAAAUCGAUCAAGCUACCAAAUGAAGAUCCCGUAGCGUUCGGUAUGAUCUGCGAGUCAGCUCAUGGCUCCUUCAUACCGCAUGAUCACAUAUCGCUGCAAACGCUCGCCAACAUGGCGGGUGCUAUCCAACGUUACGAAAUUCCCGCCACAUCACAGGUUUAUCAUACCGUAGAAUUCAGUUUCGCCGUCCACGCUUUCAGGCUAGGCACACUUGCAACGAUAGAACUCCUUAAGCUCCUUGGCGUCGCGAAAGCCCUGAGCUCCACCAAAUACAAAAAACUGCUCGAAGAUGUGUUUUUCCAGUACCCACUUCAAUUUGAAGCAUUACCCAUCGAGCAAAUCACUGGCGGUUUUGAAACAGAUUGUGCUAUACUGGCAAAUUUGAAGCUAAGGGGUGCGGCGUGCCGCGCACAAGUGGCAAGCACACUGUUGAAUUCGCUAGGCGAUGAUCGCACUCUUCAUCAGCAAGAGAAAAUCGGCUUAGCUGUGUGGAUUCUGAAGGACAGCCUCAGCCUACAGGAGGUCAGUACUCGUCUUCGAGGAGUCAGGAGUGCUGCAGAUCAUCACAGAGAACAGCUGCUAGAAGCCAGUGGAGCGAUAAAUGAAGCGACUGCAGAUAUCAAUCACUAUGUCCGUACUACGAUUGGAGAGGCUCGAGGAGCGGAAGAACGUCACAAAAAGGAUGUUAUGACGCUGGACCAGCGCCACAAGGUAAAGCGCCUGGAGAUACAGAUCGCAGAGGGCGGGCGAAUGCCAAGGGAUUCGUUCGAUGCUGAUGGCUCGUCCAGCGGUACAGAUUUCGAGGACAUCGAAGCCUACGCUGGGUCGCUAAGAGAAUGGUAUGAUGGCUUGCAGUUCGAUGACAAUAAUUCCGUGUCUUCUGUCCAGACCAUCUAA